CGACAACGCUGAAUAUGGCACUGGAAACCUCCCUUCCAGCGUUGCUGGAAACACUCACUAAAUCAUUAACUACCUCAUCUGAAUCUUCAGAGAAGGUUCCAUCUCUUCUUCCUCCCAAAGACGGAAUAUCUCUCCUCGACGUCAAAAACGAACUUUUCCUCUCCUACCUACAAAAUCUCGUCUUCCUCAUCCUCUUGAAAUUGCGGAAUCGCAAAGAUAGUUCCGAAGAAGAAAAGGGAGAAGACUUGGAUAACUUAGUUGUCCGAAAAUUGGUCGAGCUGUCAGUCUAUAUUGAAAGAGGUGUCUUGAGAUUGGAAGGCCAAUUGAAAUACCAAAUCGAUAAGGUCCUCCGCGCGGCUCAAGAUGCCGCAAACACCGCAAAAAUAAAUGGGGCGGCGAAGAGAACCAAUGGAGUCGAAGAGAGUGACGAAGAAGAUGAGGAUGAAGAGGAGGAUAGUGAGGCGGAGUCUGCAGAUGGAGGGGUAGCUCUCAAGGCAUCUGAAAUCGACGACCUGCAAUACCGGCCCAACCCUUCUGCGCUCGUGCGACCAUCAUUUGGCGCCGAACCUGAGAAUAAUAAAUCAGAAGAUGGAAUUUACAGACCACCGCGCAUUCAACCAACCGCUAUGCCGACCACGGAACGCCGAGAGAAGGAGUCUAGGAAACCGAAUAAAUCCGCUACGCUGGAUGAGUAUAUCGAUACGGAACUAUCGACUGCGCCAUUAGCGGAGCCCAGUAUCGGAAGUAGGAUAAUUCAGGGAGGACGAAGGACCAAGAGCGAUAAGGAAAGAAGAGAGGAGGAGGAGAGGAGAGAAUAUGAGGAGAGGAACUAUGUGAGAUUGCCUAAAGAGAGUAAGAAAGAAAGAGCGAAGAAAGGAGGAAGGAGGGACGCGGGAUAUGGUGGAGAGGAAUGGAGAGGCCUGGGAGAGGGUGUUGAUAGGAUUGAGAGGUUGACUAAGAGGAAGGGCGGGGACGCGAGAAGUGUGCUGGAGAAAAGCCGGAAGAGAUCUACUGAAGAUAGGCCUAGAGGAAGCGGUGUGGCGGAGGUUGGAGAAGGUUUCCAGAAACGCCUCAAGGCUCUGGAUGGCGGAAGAAGAGAUAGAGGACGAAGGUAGAACAGUUGGUUGGUUUGUUUCAAAGGCGCAAGGGAUUUAAAAAAUGAUUCGGAGGUACAAAAGCAGUGGUAUGGAGUAUAUAUCACUUUCAUGGCCCAAAAGUGGCCACAUAAUAAAUUAAAUGCAGUGAUCUCAAGC